UCUGUUUGCAAAAUUUGUUCAUUGUUGGUUUGCAUUCACUUGACAAACUAAAUUUUGAUAUUACUCAUUCUAAUUUGAGAUUAUUCAUUUAUUUAGUAAUUAGAGAUGGCUUUAAGUUCAAGCAAUGUGGUGCCUACCGCCAUUCCCAUUGCCUCACAUGUGAGCCAUGGAGAGAAGCCCGAAAAGUUCAAUGGGAACGAUUUCAAAAGAUGGCAACAAAAAAUGUUGUUCUAUCUCACAACGUUGAAUCUUGUGAAGGUUCUUCGUGAAGAGGCUCCUAUUCUUGCCGAGGGUGAAGAGAGUGCUCAAACUAUGGCCGCUGUAGAAGCAUGGAAGCAUUCUGACUUUCUAUGCAAAAACUACAUUCUUAAUGGAUUGGACAACACAUUAUAUAAUGUGUAUAGUCCUCUCAAGUCGGCAAAGGAACUAUGGGAAUCCUUGGACAAGAAGUACAAAACGGAAGAUGCUGGAACAAAGAAGUUCGUUGUGGGCAAAUUCUUAGACUACAAAAUGGUCGACUCCAAGGAUGUCAUAAGUCAAGUUCAAGAUCUCCAAGUGAUCAUCCAUGACAUUCAUGCUGAAGGGAUGAUACUAAGUGAGUCUUUUCAAGUGGCUGCAAUUAUUGAAAAAUUACCACCACUUUGGAAGGAUUUCAAAAAUUAUCUCAAGCAUAAGCGCAAGGAGAUGAAACUUGAAGACUUGAUUGUUAGAUUGAGAAUUGAAGAAGACAAUCGAAAUUCUGAGAAAAAGAUUGGAAAC